GUCGAGUCGGAUGAUUGUAUUGAAUGGUCUAUAUUAAAUAUUGACUAAAAUCACGUGUCGUUUAUUUGAAUCGCGUCAAAAUAAAUGAAUCUAAUGAUAACAAUUGUGUUAUAAUUUAAGAUUGGCCUUCUUUUAAACAAAUAUGGCGGCCUUCAAUGUAGUGCUGGGCUGUGUAAUGGCUCUACUUAUAAUAUUGUUUACAAUCAGUUCCAUUGCUCGGUAUUAUAUAAAGUUCUUUUUGUUCAUCGUGCUGUCAUUAUUAGCUGCUUCACUGCCGAUACCUCUUAUGUUGAUCCGUCCAUUUAAUCCAAGAAAUGCUUUGAUACCAGCAGCAUUGUCAAGGUUGACGUCCAGAAUGCUGGGUAUUCGGUGGACGGUCAGGGGAUUGGAAAAUGUUGACGACACGCGCGGCGCUGUUGUCCUACUAAACCAUCAGAGUAGCAUCGAUCUUUUUGUGUUGUCAGAGCUUUGGCCGCUUAUGUCACGAUGUACGGUGGUUUCCAAACGAGAGCUGCAGUACUUGGCACCUUUCGGCACCGCCGCGUGGCUGUGGGGCACGGUGUUUAUCGACCGCGGUGCACGAUCAGCACAGACCGUCCUUAACCAACAGAGCCUGGCUGUUAAAGAGCAUAAGCGUAAAUUGUUACUGUUCCCUGAAGGCACUCGUCAUCUCGGUGACAAGUUGUUGCCGUUCCGCAAGGGGGCGUUCCACGUUGCGGUGGACGCGCGCGCCCCCAUACAACCUGUUGUCGUCUCCAAGUACCAUUUCCUCGAUGACAAACGACUUCGCUUCGGCUCUGGUGAAGUUGUAAUAACAAUAUUGCCGAAAAUCGAAACCGAAAAUUUGAGUAAGGAGGACAUUCCCGCGUUAAUGGAGACGACACAGAUGACGAUGCAAGAAACAUUCACUAGAGUAUCGGCCGAGACGAAAUCAAGACUCGCCAUGCAGGAAAAAAACGACUGAUGUAAAGUUAAAAUAUACAUGUUUAUAAAAAGGGGCUGUGAUAAUGUCAAAUGUUUGUGGUAUAUUUAAUAAAAGAUUUUGUAUUUACAUUAAAUACGUAUUUAUUGAAUAAAA